AUGUCGACGCGAAAAACAAGACAAAAUAAUUAUGAUGAACCUUCUUCUACUAAAAAUAAUCUAUUAAAUAAUAAUGUUGAAGAGAGAAGUAGUAGUUUCUGUAAUUCUUCUCUAAAUUCAACAUAUCCAUCAUCAUUACAAUCAACAGUAGUUGGUUCAUAUUUUUUUGCUUAUGAAGAUGAUAAUGCGGGAUCUUCUUCUGAUAGAAUGUUUCUUGUUUUAGAUAAAGCUCUAGAUACUAAAAUUUUAAAUGAUAUUCAGUCCAGUAGUUUAAAUAGUGAUGUUGCUAAUGACGAAAGUAAUGAUGUAAUUGAUGAAAGCGACGAUGGUUCCGAUGGUUGGAGAAAUUGGAUCAAAAAAAAUAGUUUUCAAAAUAUAUUAGCAAUUCUUUUGAAUCAUAGUAGAAAAAUUUUAAACAAGAGAAUUCUUAUAAAAACAUUCGCAUUCUACUUGAACAAUUCCAAAUGGUGGAUAUUUCCAGCAAUUGUAUUGUUUUUAAGUUAUUGCUAUACUUGUCAAUUUUCACUUUCAAAUCAUCAAUGUGCAUUUUGGAUAAUCAAAACCACCGACCUUGAUUCACAAUAUAGAAACUAUAUUGUCAUUAAUGAUGACGACGAUCACCAUCAAAAUCAGUAUGAAGUUGGUUUUGAGUACAGUGAUUCAUUGGUUAGGGCUGUAAUUGAAGAACAAGUGAAAAAUAUAUGUGCUGCUGAAGUGGAAAAACGAAUUAAACCGCCGCCGUCACAACAAGCUAAGCACGAAAUUACAACUUAUCGAAGAUACGUUGUUGAUGAUGUGAUUGCUAAUCUAAUUAGAAAUGAAAUUCAUAAAUCAGUAGAAGAGAAAUUGUAUGAUUAUUCACAGGAUAAAUUGAAUAGAGCUGAUUAUGCUCUUUCAUCAGGUGGUGCCAAGAUCAUAAGUAUGUUGACAUCUCCAACAUAUGAAACUUGGCCUACAAAAUGGUUUCAACAAAUUAUCGCAUCAGUAACUGGUCAUGGAAUCACACGAGGUAAACCACCAAUAACAGCUAUUCAACCUGAAAUGCAUGUUGGUCAGUGUUGGCCUUUUGCUGGAGAAAAAGGUCAAUUGGCUGUAUUAUUGAGUAGAAAAAUAUUUGUUACAGCAGUAACAUAUGAGCAUGUGACUAAAAAGUUAGCUAUGGAUGUUACAAGUGCACCAAAAGAAUUUGAAGUUUGGGGUUCUAAAUUUCAUGUCGAUGCUCAUGAUAUUGUUUUUCAUUAUAAAAAGAAAAAAGGAUUCUUUAGAUUUGAGGAUAAAUUUAAAAAGAAUCUAGAAGAUUUGAUCAUCAAACAAGCACAUCAACUAGUUGAAAGAUUUGAAGAACAAAUGAUAAUUGUUCAAACACAAGUAAUGCAAAACUAUCGAUGUCAUUCUACUACUAAAGAUAUUGGUAAUGAUCAAUCAAAAGAUAAAUUAAAACAAAAAAUGACAUGGAAAAGUUCUGCUUUUGAUCCAACACUUGGUACUACUACUAGUAGUAGUGCUGGUGGUUCUGGUUCUGGUGCUGCUGGAGGAGGUGAUGUUGAUUAUAAUGUCACUGCUUCAUCAACCAAUAUUACUCCAAUUAUUCCAGUCACUCCCAUCACUACCGUUACUCCUGCUGCUGCUACUUAUAAUAGCGCUUCCAUUAUUAAAGCCACUACUGAUGGGAGUACGGAAAAACCUGAAGUCACCACCCCUUUGACUCUAUGUAUAAAAGAGAAACUAGAAACUAGAUUUCCAGAAUCUCCAAGAGUAAAAAUUUUACAAGCAAUGAAAUUGGAAAGUGAAGAUAAAUUGAACGAAGCAUUAUCCAUCUACGAAGAUAUUCUUAAAGAUGACGAUGCUAAUAUUAUAGCUUUGAAACGUAGAAUUUCAGUAUAUAAAGCUAAAGGUCAGGAUCAACAAGCAAUGGAAUACUUGACACAGUAUCUUGAUGCUUAUUACAAUGAUGCAGAGGCUUGGUUAGAAUUAACAUCUUUAUACUUAAAUUAUCAUUUAUAUCAACAAGCAUCCUAUUGUUUGGAAGAAUUAAUAUUGUUGCAACCACAAAAUUAUUUUUUUCAUUUAAAAUAUGCUGAAGUUUUGUACAGUAAUGACAAUUUGAUUGAUUCAUUGAAAGGAUUUUGUAGAGUGUUAGAAUUAUGUGGUGGUUAUGAAAAUAAUGAUUACCCUGAAAAUAUUAGAGCAUUGUUUGGAAUAAAAUUG